AUAAAUCUUUUGGCAGUUGUUUGCGGAAUGUGCAUGCACGGCGAUACUGAGACUGUGACUGUCGUUGUACAGCUACUAGUACACAUACUAGUACAUAGUCCGAUUAGAUUGAAGACUGACCUUUCCAGUUUCCAUCGUGCCUGUCAGUGUCACCGAACCUGCUCGCUCCCCAUCACCACAUCUUCGACAAUACACUGAUACUGCAGCUACAAUGGCCGGUCCAGCAGGGGCGUUACAAGGGUGAAGUACUCCGCGCUCCCUUGGCACGCAUCGGGGAGAAUAAUUUCAGGUCCUUCUUUGAAACGCUUCUUCUUUGUGAAAGAGUUUUGGUCACACACGACUUAGUUGAGUGUUUAGUUAGCUCGCCCUUUGGCAUACCGAAAGACGACAUCGGAUGGCCAUGCCACGCAGCUCCGGGACAAUACCAGCAUCCACAGUAUGGAAGUUAGUCCUUGUGGCUGCUGUAACAGCGGGAUGUGGCAUAUUUGGAUCAUCUCCCACGCAUGGCAUGCAGGAGACAGAGUGGUACAAUGAAGAUAUUGGCGACGGUGAGAUUCACUCAGCGGACAGGUGUAUCAUGCGCGGCCAGUGCAUGAACAACACCGAUUCUAACGGGCUCCUCAACUGUGCCUACAACGGUCCAUCCACACUGGCUGGCCCAGAAGAGAUGUCCAUUAUUGAAUCACUGUGUCCUAUGCUGAUUGAGCCUACUCGUCGAGCACACGCAUAUGCUGUGACAUCAAGCAGUUAAAGACACUGCAGGACCAGACUACGGUAGCUUUGCAAAUGCUCAGCGGCUGUCCCAGCUGCUACUACAACUUCAUGACUGUCUUUUGUCAUCUGACAUGCGACCGCAAUCAGUCUCAGUUCAUGCGCUCCACGUCGGAGCUGCCCGUGCCCGACAAGCCCGGCGAGUACGCUCUGGACGCCACCGAGCUCUUCAUCUCAACGAAUCCGUUCGAGGAGUUCUACUCGUCGUGCGCCAACGUACAGUUCUCGUCGUCUCAGAGCAAGGCACUAGAUGCACUGUGCGGCCAGCCGGCUGCGACCUGCUCACCGCAGGCCCUGCUAACGUACCUGGGUGGCAAAUCCCACUCACCGUUCCAGAUCAAGUUUACGCACGUGAACGAGACGUCUCUGCCGGACGACGUAGUGGCGUUGAACAUGACCGGCUGGGAUGCGGACAUGUACAAGUGCAACGAAUCCUCGCCUGUCUAUAAUAAAACGUGUAGCUGCCAAGACUGUCCCGUACCUUCUCUGUGUCCGGUGCCACCGCCCAUUCCCGUUCCUACUCCGUUCCUGAUAUUGAACUUUGACGGCGUCACGUUUGUUGUGCUCCUGUCGUACAGUGUUCUGUUUCUGGUGACCAUGUUUGCCGUUCUGAUAUGCGGCAACAGAACAAAGUACACGGAUAUUGAGGUUGCAGGAGGUGGCCGCGAGCGAUUACCCGUCCGCUCAUCGUUAAACGAAGGCAGCAGCAACUCGGAAGGAAGCGUCACUUGCUGCCAGUCCAUCCAAGAAGUCGGUGCUCGUCUGGAGCUUCAGUUGAAAGUCUUGUUUCGACGCUGGGGAUUGAUCUGCUCAAAUCGGCCACAUGUGGUGAUCCUCGUCAGCAUUGUGAUUGUUGCAGCAAUGAGCUGUGGCCUAUUGCACUUCAAGGUUGUUACCGACCCGGUUCUACUAUGGUCGUCUGCAUCUAGCCAGUCGCGCCUGCAGAAGGACUACUUUGACAAUCACUUUGGUCCGUUCUACAGACCGGAGCAGCUUAUCAUCACUGCGCCCGGCCGGCCGUUCACGAAAGAGCACAUGAACACGCCCGGAAACGAGUUCAUCAUCAGUCAAGACUUUGGUCCCGUGUUUGACAAGGGAAUUCUAAAGGAGAUUGUCAAUUUACAGGAAGCUAUCCUAGCUUUGAGAGUUCCAUUUAAUGCUACCAAUGAGAAUGGAACAGUUGUCAACGAAAACAUAGGCCUGCAAGAUGUGUGCUUCAAACCACUUGCUCCGUACAACAAUAAGUGUGCCAUCGAAAGCGUCACACAAUGGUUCCAAAAUAACAAAUCCAAUAUUGACUUGACCUACCAGUACACACCAGAUGGUUUCCUCUUCCCAAUCACCAUUGGCUGGCAUAAACAUGCCUACUACUGCUCCAGGGCGCCGUUUGACACGAAUUCCCACGAUGCAGAUAGACUGAACAUGUCUUGUCUGGCUGACUAUGGUGGACCAGCUAUGCCCAAUGUUGUCCUUGGCGGCUUUUCUGAUGACAGCUACUUGAAUGCCACUGCACUCGUCCUAACAUUUGUGGUCAACAACUACGUGAACGACGCUGAUAACAAACGGGCAGAAGCAUGGGAGACAAGAUUCUUGGACUUUGUUCGGAAGGAGUACACGAAUCCGCAGAAUCUCACCAUAUCUAUCAAUGCCCAGCGCUCUAUUGAAGACGAAGUGAACAGAGAAAGCGCUACUGAUGAAGUUACCAUCAUUAUCAGCUAUGCCAUCAUGUUCGCCUAUGUUGCCAUCACCCUGGGCCGCUACUCCAGCUGUUCGCGAGUCUUGGUGGAAUCUAAAGUUAUGCUCGGUCUUGCUGGAGUCGUGCUGGUGCUGGCAGCUGUCGCUGCCUCACUGGGCUUUUGGGCCUACCUUGGAGUCUCUGCGACCCUGAUCAUCAUCGAAGUCGUGCCGUUUCUCGUGCUGGCCGUGGGAGUAGACAACUUGUGUAUCCUGGUACAGUCUUUACAGCGUGACGAGAUCCAGUCUGGUGAAUCGCCUUGUGAACAACUUGCCCGCAUUGUCGGAGAGGUAGCACCCAGCAUGCUCCUAACUGGCUUAUCGGAGUCUGUCGCCUUCUUCCUAGGUGCUCUGUCUGGAAUGCCGGCAGUUCGAACAUUCUCCCUGUACGCUGGAAUGGCAGUGUUCGUCAACUUCAUUCUGCAGAUAACAGUGUUCAUAGCGCUGAUGUCGUUGGAUGUGCGGCGGGAAGCGGACAAUCGCAUGGAUGUACUUUGUAUCAAACUGAAGAAGAACGGCAGCGAGGGUCGCCAUGGUAACGGUUUCAUCUACACCUUCAUGGAGAAUUGUCUGGCACCGGUGCUGAUGACAACUCCUGUACGCAUCAUUGUGAUCAUCGUGUUCUCAUUUGCCUUCUUUGGAAGUGUGACACGUAUCCCACAUUUGGAUGUCGGCUUGGAUCAAACGUUGGCAUUACCUGACGACUCGUAUCUUCUCGAUUACUUUCACGAUUUGAAUACGUAUCUGAGGGUCGGCUCACCUGUCUAUUUUGUAGUGAAGGAUGGAUUCGACUACUCCAACGCGGCCAAUACUAACUUGAUUUGCAAGACGUCUGGUUGCAGCUCCGUGUCCCUGGGUGCACAGAUUAGCAUGGCUGCACAGCAACAUAACUAUACAAGGAUACGUCAGCCAGCGUCAUCCUGGGUUGACGACUACAUCUCAUGGAUCCAGCCGUCAUCGCAGUGCUGUCGGCAAGUGGAACCGGAUCAGGAUGAAUUUUGCAAUGCUUCAGUCCCGCACUCGGUGGCCAAUUGCAGUGACUGUCUGAGCAAGUCCCAGGUUGUCGAUGACAGAGUAUCACCGCAGCACUUCAAUGAAUUCCUGAACUACUUCCUGUCGGACAUACCCACUCAGGACUGCGCCAAGGCAGGCAAGUCGGCAUACAAUGCUGGUGUCAAUCGGACGUCCUUCAGCAAUGGUACCGUCAAGCACAUUCGAUCAUCCUAUUUCAUGACUUACCAUGACGUGUGCGUCACGUCCGAUGACUAUGUCACGGCUCUGCGGCACGCCCAGGACAUAGCUAGCAACAUCUCACUUACUCUUGGAACAGAGGUCUUUGCGCAUAGCUAUUUCUAUGUCUUCUAUGAGCAGUACCUGAAUAUGGCACAUGAAGCCAUCCUCAACCUGUCUCUCUGUGCUGCUGCCGUGUUCACCGUCUCCUUCAUCUUACUGGGAUUCAGCUUUGGCUGUGCACUCAUCACACUCAUCACUGUAAUGAUGAUUGUCGUGGACCUGAUGGGUAUUAUGUACUUCUGGAGCAUCAGCUUCAACGCCAUCAGCUUGGUCAAUCUUGUCAUGUGUGUCGGAAUCUCCGUGGAAUUCUGUGCUCACAUCGUACGCAAGUUCAGCGUGUCGUUCAAGCCAACGCGUCUGGAUCGUGCUAUAGAUGCUCUGUCCACCACAGGCAGUUCGGUGGUAAGCGGAAUUACCCUGACUAAGUUCGUUGGCAUAAUUGUCCUCUACUUCGCCAAGUCUCAACUCUUUAAGGUCUUCUACUUCCGCAUGUACCUGUGUAUGGUGUUGCUGGGUGCAAGUCACGGGCUCCUCUUCCUGCCCGUGCUGCUUAGUUUUGUCGGACCGCGUUGUCCUACGGUAAGCGCUGCAAGAUCCCGUUUGUCCGAGACUUCACCAUUGUUAGGUUCUAACCAGGCUAAAGCACAUUAGAAAACCAGUUGUGUAGAAUUAGUAUCUUGAUUUUAAAACUAACUACUACCUUGACAUGCACACUUCCCAGAGCCAGAGCCAGUUACAAUUAUCAUUAUUUUUAUGAAUGUGCAUCUUCUACGUGACAAAAUCUACUGUAAUUUCACAAAUUUUCGGUGUACUUUUAUUUUCGGCACUUUCGGUGCGUCUAUUUCAUACCUAAAAUUUCAAUACACCGAACGAACACUAGCACACAUAAUCCAAUGGGCAAUGGGAAUUGCUCCUCUGUACCUAAAAUUUCUGUUCACCUAACCUGGCCUUUUGCCCUCAUACCGAAAAUAUUGAGCACCUAGAAUUUCUGAAAUUCGAGUAUUUAAAAAUUGUUAUUUUCCAUAGAGACUGAUUACUUUCUAUUUGUGGUUGUCGGAAUGCUGGCUCAUUUCUGCUCUAGCAAACAAAACUGAUGCAUGAUUAUUAUCAAUAUCUUCAGAUUCUUAGCAGUCCAUGUACAUAUCACUAGUUUCAAAUUUUAAUGGCAGUGACAUUUAGAAAUCUUGCAAAACAUCA